UUAUUUUUUUCAUCAGUCGAUUUUCUUUAGGUUUUUUUUUGUAUUUGCUCUCUUCCCUCCCUUUCUUCCUGAUUUUCUGCAGAAAUAUAUAUAUAUUUUUUUGGUGAAGUCUUCUUCCAUUUUUGUCGACCUGGUUUUUUGGUCAGCGAUGGCUCGUAUGAACAGACCCGCACCUGUGGAAAUCACCUAUAAAAACAUGAGGUUCCUCAUCACCCACAAUCCUACAAAUGCCACCCUAAACAAAUUCAUAGAGGAACUUAAAAAGUAUGGUGUAACAACAGUUGUUAGAGUUUGUGAGGCAACAUAUGAUGCCAACUUGGUGGCCAAAGAGGGCAUUCAGGUUCUGGAUUGGCCAUUUGAUGACGGAGCUCCUCCAUCUAACCAGAUUGUUGAAGACUGGUUAAAUCUUCUGAGGAUUAAGUUCAGGGAGGAGCCGGGCUGCUGCAUUGCUGUUCACUGUGUAGCUGGCCUUGGAAGAGCCCCAGUCCUGGUUGCUCUCGCUAUGAUUGAGUGUGGAAUGAAGUAUGAAGAUGCCGUUCAGUUCAUCCGACAGAAGCGCCGUGGGGCAUUUAAUAGCAAGCAGCUUUUCUACCUGGAGAAAUAUCGCCCAAAGAUGCGUCUUCGCUUCAAAGAUUCCAACGGCCAUCGCAACAAUUGCUGCAUCCAGUAAAUCUUGUGCCGAAGCCCUGCUGGAACCACUUAAUCCAUGAAUUUAUGUGAUGUGGACAGUUACUACUUAUUAAUUGAUAAAUGUGAAAAUACUGAAAAGAUGAAAAAAAAAUCACUUAAGUAUCCCCUUUUGUGUUGAUUUUACAAUGCUGCAUCUGUUGGCAGUGAGUGCUUUGGUGUAUAAUUUUGUUCAAAUUUAGACAGAUGCUAAUGUGUUGCAUCUUUCAUUCCAGCCAUUGACUUGUAAACCCAUAUUUUGUCAAACUGUUACAGGAGUACCCUCUGCCAAACAGUAUUUUUUACAACUAUAAGACAGCAUAGUGAUCAUUAAAUCUUUAUUUUGUUUUUAAAGAUCUUAAAAUGCCUUAUUAAAAUGAAUAGAGGCUUUGUGGGGAUAACGUGAUGGCAUUUGGGAACAGCUGCAGAUAUAUAUAUAUAUAUAUAUAUAUAUAUAUAUAUAUCAACGCAGGAUAAAACCUGAGUAAUGAAAAAAAAAAUAAUUCUGUAUACGUGGAAGGUAUGGGAUCUAGUUUGUGUCGUUUAUCCAAACUUUGUUUACUAAUUACUGCCAUGUCAAUAGUGUGAUUUUUGUGUUUUGGCUUCAAACUGGACCUCUGCGAUAUUUUGUAUGCCUUUUUAUUUGAUGUGCGUAACUUAAAAUACUUGGAUACUUGAUUUAUGUACGGUAUUUGAAACGUGUAUUAUUAGAUUGGCUAUUUAUACUAUCACUGGGUAUGUGUUUUAGCAUAGUGAGAGAAGUUGUAACUGUUCACUGAUGAGAGAAAUCAUAAAAUAAAGUAACACAUUGAGGA